GCCGCGCGGAGGGAGACGUCUGCUUUGCUAUGAGCGUGGAUCGGCGCUGACGCAGAAACAUGAAGGAGAAGUCGAAAAACGCGGCCCGGACGCGCCGGGAGAAGGAAAACAGCGAGUUUUAUGAACUGGCCAAACUGCUGCCGCUGCCCUCCGCCAUCACCUCCCAGCUGGACAAAGCCUCGAUCAUCCGGCUCACAACGAGCUACCUGAAGAUGAGAGUGGUCUUCCCCGAAGGCCUGGGGGAGUCCUGGGGGCACGUUAGCCGCAGCAGCUCUCUGGAUGGGCUCAGCCAGGAACUAGGCUCCCAUCUCUUACAGACGUUAGAUGGCUUCAUUUUUGUGGUUGCUCCUGAUGGGAAAAUCAUGUACAUAUCAGAAACAGCGUCAGUGCACUUGGGCCUGUCACAGGUAGAGUUGACAGGAAACAGCAUCUACGAGUACAUCCACCCAGCAGACCACGAUGAAAUGAUAGCUGUCCUCACAGCGCACCAGCCUUACCACUCCCACUUUGUCCAAGAAUAUGAGAUGGAGCGCUCCUUCUUUCUCAGAAUGAAGUGCGUCCUUGCUAAAAGAAAUGCUGGUCUUACCUGUGGAGGCUACAAGGUGAUCCACUGCAGCGGCUACCUGAAGAUUCGACAGUACAGCCUCGACAUGUCUCCGUUUGACGGCUGCUAUCAGAACAUCGGGCUGGUGGCUGUCGGCCAUUCGCUGCCGCCCAGCGCCAUCACUGAGAUCAAACUGCACAGCAACAUGUUCAUGUUCAGAGCCAGUCUGGACAUGAAGCUCAUCUUCCUCGACUCACGGGUUGCAGAGCUGACGGGCUAUGAGCCUCAGGAUCUAAUCGAGAAAACUCUGUAUCAUCACGUCCACAGCUGUGACUGCUUCCACCUGCGCUGUGCUCAUCAUUUGUUGCUGGUCAAAGGUCAGGUCACUACAAAGUACUACCGUUUCUUGGCCAAGCAUGGCGGCUGGGUCUGGGUUCAGAGUUAUGCAACCAUUGUCCACAACAGCCGCUCAUCCAGACCUCACUGCAUUGUCAGCGUCAACUAUGUUCUCACGGAGACAGAAUAUAAAGGCCUCCAGCUUUCUCUGGACCAGGCCACAUCCAAGGCCUCGUUUCCCUGCACGAGCAGCCUCACAGACAACUGCAGAACUGCCAAGAGCCGAGCAUCACGGCCCAAGAGCAAAGUCAGGCUCUCGCCAUAUACACAGCCUGGUUGGGACGUGGGAGCAACGCUGCAGCUGUGCUCCUUGCUGAAGGAGACAGUGUGCACCAAUAGCAGCAGGCAUUGUUAG